CUUAUAGCUAAGUUUCUAGCCAUGUAGGCUAAAGAUUGAAACUUCCCUUGCUCUCAUAAUUGCCCGUACUAUGGCCAGCUGAGGGCUUUACAUUAAGCGACGUUCUUCCCUUGCUGCUGUAUUGGACUUUACUGGGCUAACUAUUGUGCAUGACAAUGACAGCUUCUCCGCAACCCUUACCAGAAUUAUCGGCCAGUCUACGUCCUCCACUCGUCUUGGAUCAUGUCCGAAUAGUGUUGCCAUGCUUGUCCCCAGCACAGCUCGAGUGUGCGCAGCUGUGGAUCGACGAAGCACGAAUCUUUCAGGAUUCCUCCUUUACGUUGGUCACACUGGUCGAACGAAUGUGGGGUCUCACGUACGAAGAGGUGACCUUUGCACGACUCCGGAUCUAUGGGCCUUUCACCGCGGACUGGUUGCAGCGUGUGGUGCCCGAUCUCCGUCCGACACAGAUGGCACUGGCCCAGUGGGCGGUGGAGCACAAUCGGCUCAUGAUGGAGUGCCCAAAGCCGGCCGCCUCCGGAUCGCAUCGCACGCUUCGUCACAUCGUCACGCCGGAUAUACUGCCAGGGCUCUUAGGUGUAUCGAGUCCACAGCGUAGGAGUCUCAGUCGCCGACUCCGUCCAUUAUGGGAUGUCUGGGACCCGGCCGGACAAUACCCUUACACUACGGCCGACCGGCUUAGGAGUGCGGCGAUGCGAAUGGAACGACGAUGGUGGCGGUCGCUCUGGCCUGGGCUGUCGCACGAAAGACCCGUCACACUCAACCAGCUCAUCGGUGUCUUUCCCCAUCUCGAGUCGGAUGCUGUGGAUGAGGUCAAACGGUUCAUGGGGCGGCGGGUGUGGCGGGUAAGAACGGCAUCCGCUACGAUGGAGGACAUAAUGUUAUAUCUACAGCGAGGAAAACAAAUCUCGGAUGCGGACAUGCGUUACGCACGCAGGCAUUUGGGCCUGGAAUAG